AUGGCAACCGUCUCAUCAGAUCUUCUCUGGGAACUUCUUAGAGGUAACAACAAAUAUAUCAUCAGACGCAACAACACAGAUUUCUCAACUGACCCUUACAAUUUAGUUAACAUCCACAGCCAAAAAUUCGCAGGAAUUGCUAGCACAAGUGCUAUUGGAUUAGCAAGCAGAAAAAAAAGUGAGCCAGUCACUCUUAAAGCAAAAAAGCUUAGAAAAUACGGAGUCAAAGGCAAAACUCAGCAUGAGGACAAGAUUACUAUAAAGAAAGGUGGAUAUCUAGGAAGAGCGAAAUCUGCUUUUGUUUCUCUGGUCGAUAAUAGAAACUCAAGUCUUGCUAAAGCAGCUGCAGAAAGAAUGACAAAGCUUCAUCACAGUGAACAAGUUAAAAAGACAAUAACAAGAAGAAAUAGAAAGGCUUAA